UUGUGCGCGUGCGCGGUUCGGUCGAUCGGAAGCGGCGGUGGAGACAGAGGGAGGGAGAGAGACGCCUGGGCCCUGGGCCUCUGCCAUCAGGGCCCAAAACUUCCAGCGGUGCGGCUGCAGCAGCCGAUCGGAACCGGGUGGAAACAUAAUGUGAAUUAAAGAGUGAAGAUAGAUCUGGCUAAACAGAAGUCUACUCUUGCAGUCAAUAUCAUCUGUAAGAAAAUAAAUACUCAAGUACACGUCUCAAUGGCGGAGGAAGAAAGAACCAAAACCACGACUGUCCAGAUCAGACAUGGCCACUACCUUUCUGCUGUUACAAACCAGAACAUGAAUUUGCUUAUCCGAGGGGUGGUCCUUUUUUCUAUUGGUGUGUUCUUAGCACUUGUAUUGAACUUGCUACAGAUACAAAGAAAUGUUACUCUUUUUCCCCCUGAUGUGAUUGCCAGCAUUUUCUCGUCUGCUUGGUGGGUUCCACCAUGUUGUGGUACGGCAUCGGCUGUGAUUGGUUUGCUUUACCCAUGCAUUGACAGCCAUCUGGGAGAGCCACACAAAUUCAAGAGGGAAUGGUCCAGUGUAAUGCGCUGUGUUGCAGUCUUUGUUGGCAUAAACCAUGCUAGUGCUAAGGUGGAUUUUGCCAACAAUAUGCAGUUGUCCCUUACUUUGGCAGCACUUUCCAUUGGAUUGUGGUGGACUUUUGAUAGAUCUCGAAGUGGCUUUGGGCUUGGCAUAGGAAUUGCUUUUCUUGCCACACUGGUCACUCAACUUUUAGUCUACAAUGGUGUUUACCAAUAUACAUCUCCGGAUUUUCUUUAUGUUCGGUCUUGGUUACCUUGUAUAUUUUUUGCUGGUGGAAUAACAAUGGGAAAUAUAGGACGCCAGUUAGCAAUGUAUGAGUGUAAAGUUAUUCCAGAGAAGCCUCAUCAAGAUUGACGUACUAUUGUGGAAAUUUGAAGAUUUCAUAUAGACAAUUGGAGUUAAAGAUGAUAUGCCAAAUGAAUGUAAAAAGCUGUAAAUAAGGUUUUUGGUUUCAAAAUUGCAGUUUUUUUCACUGCUACAUGAGCUGCAAUCUGUGAUUGCUCGUGGUAUAAAAUGUCCUAUAAACCAUUGUGUAGCAAAUCCAUAUGCAACAUCAUACAUCUACACGCAACUCUAGAUUCAGUCUUAGUACAUGGAAAAUGUUCAUUUUAAUCCCAUGGAAAUAUUUUGAAACAUAACUGCAAAUGUGCGGUUCUAAACAAGUAUGUGAUUUCAUUGCUCUUUUAGUUUCAAUCCGGAUGAGCAAAAGUUUCAGAUUUUAUACUUCCUUUAAGAUAGUCAUUGAACAGAAUCCUACAAUUAUUUAGCUAGUUCAAUUUUUAAAUAUCUUCAAAAUUUACAUUUUUUAAUAACUGUCAGCUUGCAUGUGUUCAUUUAUAAACCUUUAAAUCUUCUGAUGAUUAAUAAUAUUUGAAUGAAGUGCAAAAUUAAUAUCUGAUUUUUUCAAAUAUAUUUUGUAUAAAGAUAAUAUUUCAUAAUAUGUUGCCUGAGAAGGAAUGUAACAUCUGAAUUUUGGCUCACCCCCAUUUUUAGAAUCCUAAUGUAGCAAUAGAAAUAUAAUAUUUACAGAUGCAUGAAACUUCUGAACCAACAUACGUGCACAAAUGUGUAAUACUAUUGAAGCAAUAUACUCUCUGUUGAUAGUUCAAAAUAUUGCGAUGUCUGUGAUUAAUUAGUUUAGUGGGACUUGGACAUCUCCUUCAACAUAUUGAAGAUUGAUCUGCAUUUUCAUUUCACUUCUGUGAAAUUUAAGAACGCAUAUUACUACAUGCUUUGAGAAUAUAAGGUUUUCAUUUGUGGUAAGGACAUCUUACGUAGCAGCCAAAUGUAAAAUUAUAAGCCUGUAAGUUAAAGAAAUUUAUGUACAAAAUGAUAAUGCAAAUUGUUCUUAUUUUGUCAGUUUUGUGGAGUUCUUUCAUGGGGCUUUUUUUCCAAAGAAGACAUUCAUUUGUAAGUGGGAUAAAAUCAUUUAGCCUCAAGUAUUUUAGACUAAUUUAUUAUUCAAUAUAUAUACUGAAUAUUCCAAUAAAAUAUAUUUCAGUAAAGCUGGCUGCUCUAGUCCUGUUUUGUCGCAUAGUGCAACCCUUGAUGCUUUUUAAUGGUAGAUUAGAUUAGAUUAGAUUAGAUUCCCUACAGUGUGGAAACAGGCCCUUCGGCCCAACAAGUCCACACCAACGCUCCAAAGAGCAACCCAUCCAGACCUAUUCCCCUACACCUAACACUAUGGGCAAUUGAGCAUGGCCAAUUCACAUGACUUGCACAUCUUUGGACUGUGGGAGGAAACCAGAGCACCCGGAGGAAAACCACGCAGACACGGGGAGAAUGUGCAAACUCCACACAGACAGUUGCCCGAGGCAGGAAUUGAACCCGGGUCCCUGGCGCUGUGAGGCAGCAGUGCUAACCAUGAUGGUGUCUAUGGAAAAUGAAGAUCAAGUAACAAAAUUUAACCAGAAGAACUUUCUAAUUGGGAUUGUGGGAGGAGUUCAAAUAUGUAUGGGAUGGGUAUAAACUCUACAUAAAUUAUAUACCCACAUGUCUAUAAAAAGACAUUUUGUUACAUUUGAAACAACCACAAUUCACUUUUUUUUUGCUCUAUGGCAGUUACCAAAAUUUGAAACAAAUGAUAUGAUUUCAGGUUAACAUUAAGUUACAGGUAUAAAAUCACAUGAAUACAAUGUCUUGUCUUGGGAUCAAUAGUUUGUUACAAAAUUCUUUAGUAUGCUUUCUUCACAUCUUUUAAAGUGGUGAUUUUAAUAUGUUAAGACCUUCAUCCAAGAUUUUUCUAAGUGACUGCGCAAAUGGGAACUUUGCAGUGUGCUAUUUAAUGUAAUCGUUUAUGUCUGCCAGGAUUUUCUUCCUUAAUUGCAAUAGAAUUAGUAAAGAGUACAGAUAUCUAAGCAUUUUGUAUGUAUUUUAGCUGAAUGAAUUUCUAACCAUCAAUUGCUACAACUAUGUAAACUUGUGUUUAUUUUGGUUUAUCAGUGUGCAAAAAGAUUGGGGAUCCUGCAGUAGUCAAAUAGUGCAGUGUCAUAGUCAUGAAAGAAAUUUCGAGGGAACUGUGUUAUCACUUUAAAGCAAAUGCUGUCAUAUUUUCACAAUAAAAGUUUGCACUGCAGUUUA